GGGGGGGAUACAUACGGCGAACCGGAAAAAAAAACAAACUCGCCUCCGCCUUGAAGUAACAAAAUGGCGACCGCGAAAACUCUGCAACCAAGAAUCAUCUCUUCCUUUCUCGGCAACAACUCUAUUCUAGUAUCAACGCAGCCUCUUCCCCACCUCUUUCGCUUCCAUUUAGGGAGAAGGCAUGUUUCGAUGCAAUUGUCAAGAACCUUGUCUGGAUUAACCAAUCUUCUCUUUAAUACAAGAAACGUUGAUGAACUGAUUGAUGGCAAGAGAAAACGUCUGAAGCCAGGACACGUGUCUCCUCGCCGCCCUGUCCCUGCCCACAUAACCAAACCUCCUUACGUUGAGUCUCUUAAAGUCCCCGGAAUCUCGAGUGGACUUGAGAUUCACGACGAGGACGGUGUAGAGAGGAUGAGAGCUUCUGGGAGGCUCGCAGCUAGAGUUCGUGAAUACGCUGGGACUUUGGUUAAGCCCGGUGUGACCACAGAUGAGAUUGAUGAGGCUGUUCACAACAUGAUCAUCGAGAACGGAGCUUAUCCUUCGCCGCUUGGCUAUGGAGGUUUCCCUAAGAGUGUCUGCACUUCUGUGAAUGAAUGCAUUUGCCAUGGAAUCCCCGAUUCACGACCGCUUGAGGAUGGAGAUAUAAUCAACAUUGAUGUCACAGUUUAUUUGAACGGCUACCACGGUGAUACUUCAGCUACUUUCUUCUGUGGAGAUGUCGACGAGAAAGCUAAAAAGCUAGUCCAGGUGACCAAAGAGUCUCUUGACAAAGCUAUAUCGAUAUGUGGACCUGGUGUUGAGUACAAGAAAAUCGGCAAAAUCAUUCAUGAUCAUGCAGAUAAAUAUAAAUAUGGAGUGGUUAGACAAUUUGUAGGCCACGGUGUUGGACGUGUCUUCCAUGCUGAUCCUGUUGUUCUACACUUCCGGAAUAAUGAAGCUGGACGUAUGGUUUUGAACCAAACCUUCACUAUUGAACCCAUGCUUACCAUAGGAAGCAGAAAACCGAUUAUGUGGGAUGAUAAUUGGACCGUGGUUACAGAAGAUGCAAGCCUCUCUGCGCAAUUCGAGCAUACCAUUCUUAUAACCAAAGAUGGAGCUGAGAUACUCACCGACUGUUGAGAAAAAAAAUUGAUUCCCAAGUUUGUCUCAGAUUGAUCUUUAUUGGAUGGAAUACAAAACCAAAUGGUAUGUAUGAAAAUCACACUCAUAUAUUCAAAUAUUCUUUUGCUCACAAA